CUUGCAUCGAGCCACAGCCUGUUACACUGCUGGCUGCUUUAAAGUGAUUUAAAGUUGAGUGGAUUCUCCAACAGGGACUAUUGUUAACCACUGCCAAGAUGACAUUACAAUUUAAAGAUGCCUUUUGGGGAGUGGACUUCAUCAGUAAUAUUGGGUUUGAGACUAUCAGUCAGAGACUUAAUGAUGGUCGACGGACAUGCAAAGACAUGGAGGAGCUCCUGAAAAUGAGGGCAUCAGCAGAGGAGAAAUAUGGCAAGGAACUGGUCACAAUCGCCCGCAAGGCUGGCGGUUUAUAUGAGAUCUGCACUUUGAAAUCAUCUUUUGAUGAAAUGAAAACACAAAUUGAAAACGUAGGAAACUUGCACAUUCAGCUUUCUGGAUUCCUCAAGGAAGAAGUGAAGAGAAUGGAGCAGUUCAGAGAGCGACAGAAAGAACAGAGAAAAAAGUUUGAAGUUAUCAUGGAGAAGGUCCAGAAGAUAAAAGUCUCCCUCUACAAGAAAACAAUAGAAUCUAAAAGAUCCUAUGAGCAGCGCUGCAGGGAGGCAGAUGAGGCAGAACAAAGCGCUGAGAAGAUGGGCAAUUCUCCCACAGCCACUCCCAAACAGAUCGAGAAGAUGAACACCAAAUCCAAACAGUGCAGAGAAGCUGCAGAGGAGGCUGAGAAACAGUACAUGUCAAACAUUGAACAACUUGACACAACUCGUCAAGAGUGGGAAUCAACACACAUCAACACAUGUGAGAUAUUUCAGCAGCAGGAAGAAGACCGCAUCAGCAUACUAAGGGAUGCUUUGUGGGUGCACUGUAACCAUUUGUCUAUGCAGAGUGUGAAAGAUGAUGAGUGUUACGAGGAUGUGAGAAAAACACUGGAAAAGUGUGACAUCAUCGCAGACAACAACUGCUUUGUGGAGAUGAAAAGGACUGGCUUGACCCCCUCAGCUCCAGUUGAAUACCAAAAUUACUAUCAGAAGAAUGCUACGGAGGACAGAAAUGGAAGUGCUGGAUUCGUAGGGGGAGUCAUGAAAAAGUUUUCAAGUCUUCUGCAAGGGAACUGUUCCAGUGGCUCCAAACUGAGCAUUAAUGAACAAGUUACACAACCUACUGCAGCAACAUCGGAAGGAGUUUAUGCUUCAAUUCCUGUAUGUCAGGGGUCACAGCUGAGCAGCGAGGGGUACCAGGUCGUGUAUGACUAUGUGGCACAGGGGGACGAUGAGCUCUCUGUGUCAGUCGGGGACGUUGUGGUUGUCAUAGAUCAAGGUGAGGAUGGCUGGUGGACGGUGAAAAGAAAUGGCCUUACUGGAUUGGUCCCAGGAUCUUACCUUGCCAAAUAAUGAGUCAGCCAUAGUCAUGUAAUAUUUUGUAAAUGCUUUGUCAUUUAAAAUUGACUCAUAAUUAGAUUAGAUUUUAAUUGUUUUUAUACUUGUUUUGCUACAAAACCUCAUUCUGUUAGAAUAAUUUGAAAGACACUUUUAUCACAUAAUAAUCCUACAGAUAGAGUCUGUCACAUAGGCUACAGUAGCAUAAGACUGUUGAAUAAAUUAUUUAUUGCUAUGGCACAUAUUCAUAUUGCUUUGCCCUUACUGCUGGUGUGUUGAGUCCUCCUCAUACUCAUGACAGCUGGGAGAUUAAGUGAUCUGUUGCACAAGACCACUGCACUAAGUUUAUUAAUAUACUGUUGUAUUGUUUUAUAUCUGCGGUCCUAAAUGUUGUGCAGAACAUUUGAUUUCUGUUGUUGGCCCGUUUAUAAGUUUUAUGUAUGGUUAUUGUUUCUAUUCUGAAUGCUAAAAAUAAUAAUUAUAUGUGCAUUUAUUUGUUAUUUAUUCAACAUGACAGAAAAAUGUGUUUUGUUUUUGAAACGUUGUUUUCAGCCACCGCUAAUUAAGAAAACUAUUUGGCAUUAUUGCUUUAUUUUUUCUCGCUAUUCUUAAUUUGGAUUACAAAAGGACCAGACCAGAACAAUCCAACAAAGCAGCUGUAAUACAACUGGGCACUAUUCUUGGGUCAUGUUGCUAAGCAAUCUGCUCUCUCUGGUUCAUUGCCUACCCCCUAACCAAAGCUGAGUCUAUUAACUACCAUAAGUGUCCACAAUGCAUGUUUGGUGGUCACAAGAUGUUCCAGAAGCAGAUACAACUACAUCUAGUGAUUAUUCUAAGAGCUAUUUAAUAUGCAUACAUGUGUUAUGAGUCAAUGGGAACCUAGAACCUAGUUUGAAGACAUAAAGCUACAAAGCAAAAAAUAUUAAACCUCCUGGACCUGUUACACCCCUCCCUCAUGGUAAACACCUGAACUUUGA